GUCCAGCCUGUGGGGUUUACUCCGGUGAAUGGGACGACACACAAAGUAAAAUAAGCGCGGAGAAAAUUAAGGAAACUGUGUUUUUAUAAGUGAAAUUAGUUAAGUGACAACCAAGUUUCAACAAUGGAUGUCACUGCAGAGGCCAAGCAGAUCAUGAUCCAGGCUUUGGGAAAAAUGUAUAGCUCGCGCACCCAGCGCGGUGGACUCCGGCUACACCGGAGCCUGUUGCUUACGCUCGUCAUGAAAUCUGCUAGGGACAUCUACCACUCUGCCCGGCUGGCGAGCGAGAGCAAGGGGCAGUCUGACAGAACCAGUGUCACAGAGAACACAUCGCAAUCAGAAGAGCCGAUGGACACAACGAUAUCCACGGUGUCAGAAGUGCCAACUCCACAGAGCCCGACUCAAUCUACAGAGGACGUGCACAGGUCCGCGCUCGAGGGUGAUUCGCAUCUGCACGGCCCUGCAGGAGUCACGGUGGACAAAGAGAACUGCAGCCCAACCGAACUGGAGCGCCGCUCUAGAAAGCGACGAAGCAAAUCAGCCACAGCGCCUGACUUCCUACCAUGCAAAAAAGCCAAACUGGAGUUUGGAGAGGUCAGAGGAAUUCUUCAGACAGCACAGAAUAAUUCCACGAACUGUGGCAGAGAGCUAGACUCGUUGUCACUUGUGCAUAUGUCAAGAACAAUUGUCACAUUUUGAAGGGACAGCGCUAUAGCUCAGCACAAAUAUAUUGACCAGUGCGGUCAAGUGAACUUUGCCCGCCACCGAGGGAAACGUGUGUUGUGGCACAUAUAAUUGCCACAGAGUUCCUGUUGUGGUACUAGGUCAACAGCACUUGCCUAAAGGGAAUCCCAAUUCUGGUGAAGGUAAUGGGUGAUUACGCACAGUGGAACAAUGCUGUCACAGUCGAUUACUCAUCAAAGAACGGGCUGGUUUGGAAACUUGUUGUGACUAAUGUUACGUGUGCAAACUGUUCCAGUGAUCACGGACAUGAAAACACAUUAGCCUACUAUUACCUGCUUCUACGAGCAGUGUGAAUGAGACAACUUCCAUGGACAUUAACACGAACUUUUUAUAUUUAUUUGUUUUUUUAUUUAUUUAUUUGCUAUAUGGUUCCAAAAACACUUUGCUAUAAGGUUCCAUUUGUUAACAUUAGUUAACAUGAACUACCAAUGAACGAUAUUUUUACUGCAUUUAUUAAUCUUAGUUAAUGUUAAUUGCAACAUGUAAACAUGCAUUACAUCAAAAGAUGCAUACGUUUUAUAACAUUAGUUAAUGCACUAUGAACUAACAUGAUAGGACAAUUGUAUUUUUAGUAUACCAUUAACUAAGAUAAAUAAAUGCUGUGAAAAAUAUAUUUUUCAUUGUUUGUUCUCAAUACCUAAUGCAUUGUUAACGAAUGGAACCUUAUUGUAAAGACUGUUUUCUUGUUUUAAUGUGGUUGGUCCAAAUAGACCAUAUUUGGAUAUGUAAGGUGCUGCCAGGUUUGCACUGAUUGGGAUUUUUUAUUUUCUCAACAACAUGACAUUAUAAGCUACAGCAAACAUACAUAUUUGGUGCUGAAUCUGUCUACCUCACUUGUGUGCAAUAAAAUUAUCCCAA